CUUGUCUUCACAGUUGUAAAACAAACUCCUGCAGAAAAACUCCAUCAGAAAAAUCAGUUCCCAGCUCUACACUGGGAACACGAACUAGGCCUAGCAUUCACCAAGAACCGGAUGAACUACACCAACAAAUUCCUGGUGAUUCCAGAGAUGGGAGACUACUUUGUUUACACCCAGAUCACAUUCCGCGGGACCACAUCUGAGUGUGGCGACAUCAGCCAAAGGAAAGGACAGAACAAGCCAGACUCCAUAGUCGUGGUCAUCACCAAGGUAACAGACAGCUACCCUGAGCCUUCCCAGCUCCUCACAGGGACCAAGUCCGUGUGUGAAAUAAGCAGCAACUGGUUCCAGCCCCUCUACCUCGGGGCCAUGUUCUCCUUGCAAGAAGGGGACAAGCUGAUGGUGAACGUCAGUGACAUCUCUUUGGUGGAUUACACGAAAGAAGAUAAAACCUUCUUUGGAGCCUUCCUGCUAUAGGGGAAUAGCAAACACCAUCAUGAGAAGGUCCCUGCCUCCUAGUUCCCAAUUUUUUUUGCUCAUAUAUAAUAAUAGCUGGGGAUUUUCUUGGAGAUAAAGGUAGGGGGCAUUCCAUACUCACAGGGUUUAGCUAUGAA